UUUCAAAAACCGGAAUCAAAUUUCCUACCGUUGCUCACCCACUAUAUCUACGUCACAUUAUUAUACCUUCUUGUCCACUUCUUCCCCCUUUCUCCGCUCCCACUCAGGUGUUCCAACCGCUAUUUCAACAGAUUCUGCAAAUUCAAUUCCACUAUGGGCCAGAUCCAGUACUCCGAAAAGUAUUUUGACGAUACGUUCGAGUACAGGCAUGUUGUUCUUCCUCCGGAAGUUGCAAAGCUUCUUCCGAAGAAUCGGCUUCUUUCUGAGUCGGAAUGGCGUGCAAUUGGAGUGCAACAAAGUCGAGGAUGGGUGCACUAUGCCAUUCAUCGCCCAGAGCCACACAUCAUGCUGUUCAGGAGGCCGCUAAACUAUCAACAGAACCAAGAGAAUCAGGCUCAGGCUCAUCAGUCUCUGCUUGCUAAGUGAUCUAGCUAGUAUUGUGCCAUGGAACCCAUAUCUCAUUUCCUGUAGAAAUGAGUAUGUGAUAACCUGAUUUAUGAAUCUUUGUUAAGUUACAGCAGUCUUAUGUUGUUUCUAGAAUGUUUAAAAGUUGUGUUUGUUUGCUUGUUCGCCAUGGAGAAAUCACUAUUGUAUGCAUAUUAUUCCUUUGUGCAUCAUGUGAUCUAGUUGUGUUCGGUUUGGUUUCUUUAAUCGUUACCAGGCCAUUCAACUGUAUCUAAGACCUCGGUUUUACGAAUUACGAGAUCUAUGUGUUA